AUGAGUCACCGGCCGUUCAAAAAGCGCGACUGGGACGCGGAGCUCGCCAGACUCGGCGUUCCCUCGGACUCGCCGAUGCGACUGAUUCAGCGGAACGGGGACUCGGUUGGGGAUGAGGCGAACAACAACAUCGUCGCCGCGUCCGAGGGGGACGGCGCCGUCGCCGGCGCCGACGCCGGGGGCGAUAUCGGCACCCCGAUAGAGGCGGAGAUGGAAAAGUCGGCACCCCCGAUGCGGCGCGGGUGGUCCCCCGCGAGGCCCUUCGACCUCGGCGCCGAUCGCUCCCCGUUCCUCACCGACGUCGCCCCGUCGCCAAACGACGACGACGACCACCGCCACGAGCAUGACGAGCUCCGGCGGUGGAAACCCGGCGCGACGCCGCUCGCGGUCGGGGGCAUGCUCGGCGACGUCUACGGCCGAGACGACGACGAAAUGCCAAAAGAUGACGGCGACGGCGGGCGCGGGUAUCGAACCGGGGACGACGGAAUCGACGACGCGCGGACACCCGCCGGGACGACGAGAUGGGCGAACGACGCGCAGCCCAUCGCGUUUCUCGGGGCGGUCGCGGAAGACCCGAUCGCCGCGACGUGGCUCCGCCGGCUGCGCGCCGAGGGCUUCAACGUCGCCGCGGCGGUUGGUCCGCCGUCCCAAGAAGCCACCCCGGAGGAGCUCCCUCGCGGCGUCGUUCGCGCGUCGCACGCCAGGCACGCCGCGGAGCUCGCUCUCGGAUUUACGUCCAAUCCCGCGUCCAAUCCCAAGGCUUGGGCCCCGGGCGUGCGCGCCAAAGACUCGCGCGACGCGUGCGUUCGCAACGAGGGCGCGCCCCAGCCGAGGCCGCUGCUCAUCGCCAGGUUCACCCACGAAUCCGCGUUCGCGCACGCGAUGGAUGUGCUUCUCGGCGGGACACCCGGCGGAUGCGGAUCCGACGACGCCACCCGGAAUCUCCUCGCCGGUAAACUCGUCGUCGUCAACGCCACCCCGACGACGCCCGCGACGUCGCAACGCGUCGGCGCCAAACUCGCCGCCCUGGGAGUGCCGUACGUCCACGUCGCCCUCGCGGGUGGCGCACGGGAGAUCGAACUGGGCGACGCUCACGCGUUCGUGUCGUACGUGGACGGUACCGUUCCGUCGCACGUUUUAAAAAUAUGCGGCACCGUCGCUUCCCGUAGGAAUCGAACCCGCGACCAUGACGUCGUCAUGGACGAGUGCGAACGCGCGCUUCGAGUGUUGACCGUGGAUGCGCCCACGGUGGUUGCGACGGGCGACUGCGCGGCGUGCUGCGACUUGAGGUUGGUGGAGACGACGCGGACGAUCGCGAUGCGCGCGAGGGUGAGGGAAUCGUUUCGGCUGGGCGCCAAACUGGCGAGGAGCGAAUCCGAACGUAAAAAGCUCGCGAAGACGGCGGACGACGCGGUGGUUACCGCGAACGAGGCCAAGCACGACGCCAAAUGCGCGAGGAAGGAGGCGGCGGGCGUGUGGGGGCGUUUAGAAGAGGCUGAACGGCUUGUCCGCGACCUUAACCGUCAGCUUCGCGAGACUCGGACGGAGCUCGAGCUCGAACGCCGGGCCACCGCGGACGCCACGGCGCGGUGCGCCGUGCUGGAGCGCGAGCUCGCCGCGGCGGACUUCGCGGUCGCGGGUUCGAUCCCCGAAGGAGCCGGCGAUAUUCCGGAAGAUGAGAAGAAGGAAGACGAGACCCAAAAGCUCCGCGAGUCGGUGGAACACCUCAACGCGGAGAUGGCGCGGGUACGAUCGACCACAUCGGCGAAGGUUCGCGCGCUCGUCGACGCCAAGGAAAAGGCGGAGAAGGACCUUGACGUCGUCACCAAGCGCGCGUGCGCCGCGGAACGAGCCGAGCGGGAAGCUUUGGAAGCUUCAGAAACGCUCCGCGAAGAGACGAACCGACUCGACGCCGAACUCAGAAACGCUCAGAAACGCCUGGCGUCCGCCGAGCUCGCCCUCGUCGACGAGCGAGCACGCGUCGCGCGGGUCUCCGCCGAGCUCGAGUCGCAAAGUCGCCGCCACGAAUCGGACUUCAAACGGACGAAAGCCGAGCUCGACCACCUGGCGCGGAAUUUCCCAGCCGCCGCCGCGGACCUCGCCGACGCGCGGGUGACGAUCGAAAGCCUCACAGACGAAGUUCGAGCGCUUCGGGACGAGUUGACGCGCGUCAACGCGGCGCGAGAGGACGACGCGCGAGCCGCGGCGGAGUCGAUCGAGUCGGCCGAGUCGCGAGCCGCCGACGCCGUCGCUCGCCUCGAGGCGAAAGAGAAGGAGCUCUGGGCGCGGGACAGGCAGCUCGAAAAGCGCGCGCGAGACGCCAACGCCGCCGCCAAGACGUCCGCCGAGCGCAUCGCGACGCUGACGGACGAGAAGGCGCGAACGGCCGCGGAGUUGACGGGUGCCAAGGCGGCGAUUCGAAGGACCAACAAAGUCAAAGAAGAAACCGCGCGACGGCUCAGAGACGAACUCGAGGAGACGAAGAGGGCUCUGCUGCACGCCACGUCCCGGCGCGUGGGCAGACCUUGGGCGGGCGGUUCCGACCUUGGGGGACCUUUGAAGGGUAACGGCAAUGACGGCGCCGGGGGUAAAGACGCGAGUGAAGACGCGUUGGAGGACAAGUUGGAAAAAGAGCGAGGGAAACGGGAGAGGGCUGAAGCCGCGGCGGCGUCGCUCCAAUCCGCGCUCGCUUUGGCUCGCAAGCAAUCGCACGACGACCACGAACGCGCGCUGAGGGAAUGCGCAGCCCUGAAGGCGCGGGCGUCCGAGCUGGAGCUCGAGCGCGACUCGUUGCGGGUGACGCUCAAGGGCAGGGCGGAUCUGGCGGCUGACUUGACCGCUCGAGCCAGGAACGACGCCGGCGCAAUCGCCGGGCUCAAGGCGCGGUGCGAGCGCGCUCGACGCGAGCUCAAACAGGGAAACGACGCGGUGGCUCGCCUCGCGAAGCGCCUGGCGGAGUCGGAGCGGGAGCGCGGGAGCGCGCGAGUGCGAAUGGAAACGGCGGCGGCGACGGCGAGCCGGGUCACGAACGAGGCGGAGGAGGCAAAGUCGGAGGUCGAGACCGCGAAGGCUGAGGCGGCGAAGGUCACGAUCGACGCGACCGCCGCGCGUCACGAGCUCGAGGUGGCGGUGAGGGCUCGGGACGUCGCGGUGGAAGACGCGGCGCGUUUGAAGGCGCGUUUGGCCGCGCACGAGCGGACGAUCGAGGAGCUGAGGCGCGAGGUUCGACAACACGCCACGCGAAUCCCCGAGGAUGAAACGCUUCACCAAAGGGCGCUCGUCGAACAGUCGCAGGCGCUCGUGAACAAACAGUCGGAGGAGCUCGCGGAGCUGCGCGCCAAGGUGCGCGACGCGGAGGAGCAGACGAGAAAGGCGACGGACGCGCUGGUCAAGACGGAGGCGUGGGCGCGCGCCGCGGAGAAGGCGUUGGCGGCGGAGAAGGCUUCGAGCCCCAAGGCGAAGGGCUCGCCGGCGCGGUCGGUGGAGCGCGCCGGGGAGGGUUCCGUCGUCGCGGGGUCGAACCCCGCGUCGGCCGCCGCCUCGCCGCUCCGGUCGCUCGACGCCAACGCGGGGCGCGGCGACGGUUCGACCCGGGACGAGAAACGGCUCGAGAAACGGCUCGAGAAACGGCUCGAGAAACGGCGCGAAGAGCCCCCGUCGACCGCCACGCCGGCGUCCUCCGUCGAGAACCUCCCCGAGCUCCUGUCGAGCCACGCGCCGUCGCCGGCGCGUCCGGCGCGCGCCGCCAAGGCGGACGGGGCGGUGGUCGCCGCGAAGGUCGCCGAAGAAACGGCUCGAGAAACGCCCCGUGAGGAGACGAAGCGGCACCCGCGUCGACUCGCGAAAAAACUCGCCGAAAUCGCCGCCGAGCUCGACGACCUCGCGCCCGCGCUGGGCUCGCUUCAAAGAGCGCUCGGCUCGAUCGAGAUGAAACCCACGCUGGACGCGCUGAGGCUCGGGAAGCGCGCGCCGCGUGCGUGCGAGGCGUUGGCGGCGAUCCUAGCGUUGUCCGUGACGGAUCCGCGUCUGUUCGACGGCUUCGACGGGCCCCUGACGAAGGAGGACGUCUCCGACGCUUUGCGUACGGGCGACGCCUUCGGGGUUGAACCCGACGACGCCCUAAACCCUGACCGUGACCCUAAACCUCCUCGCGCCGUGCACGCGAGUUGGAUCGCCGUUCGGGGGUACCUGAACCACCACGCGGUGACGGUCGGGGACGGCGCGCACGGCGCGCUGGCGACGCGAACGCGGUUGCCGCCGCUCGAGGUUAGAGCCGCCGCCUGCGUCUCGGCGGAUGAUUUGGAUCUGAAUGAUUUGGAUCUCGAAGCCGUCGCCUCUUCUCGCGAGGAUCUGGCGUUUGCCGUCUCGCAGCUCAAGGCGCUGGUGGAGGGCGGGUUGGGGGAGGCGGAGGCUGCGGCGAGCGGGUGCGCGGUUUGCGAGCUGCUGCACGCGUGGUCUGUCGCGGCUGUGCGAACGCGGCAGCUCAUCGGUCAGCGAUUGGAGCUCAUCGGUCAGCGCGAGGCUCUCGGGUGUUCGGAGGAGAACGAAACGUGCGUGGUUUCAAUAGACGAGAUGGACGAGGCGGAAGAGGUUGAGCGGGCGUUCGUUAAGGUGCGGGCGAGGAAGGGCGGGGCGAAGGGGAGAGCGGCGGCGGCGGCGGCGAAGCCUCCGAGGCGCCCCUCGCGAGUCAGAGACUUUGUGUUUUGA